AUGUUACCAGGUGGUGUUAUUUUGGUCUUCGUUUUGGUCGGUCUAGCUUGUAUUGCCAUUCUUUCUACCAUCAUUUACAGAAAAUGGCAAGCAAGACAACGUGGUUUGCAAAGAUUCUAA